AUGGCCUCGGGUAGUGAGGUAGAUCUGGUUACCCGGCUCCAGGUCGACGACUCGGUCAUCUCGGACACCACUGAAAUCGACGAGUCCCUCUACAGUCGACAGCUAUAUGUCUUGGGUCACGAGGCCAUGAAACGAAUGGGUGCCUCCCACAUCCUCAUCGUCGGUCUAAAGGGCCUCGGUGUAGAAAUCGCAAAGAACAUCGCUCUUGCUGGUGUCAAGAGCUUGACUCUCUACGAUCCUACACCUACCGCCAUUUCCGACCUUUCCUCUCAGUUCUUCCUCCACCCCGAAGAUGUCGGCAAACCCCGCGAUGCUGUCACCGCGCCCCGUGUUGCCGAACUGAAUGCAUAUACACCUGUUCAUAUCCACAAAUCUUCUGACCUUACCAAGAACCUGGAGCAGUACGACAAAUACCAGGUAGUAGUACUGACGAACCAAUCUUUACAAGACCAACUUGUCAUUGGCGACUACUGCCACUCGAAGGGUAUAUAUGUUGUGUCUGCCAACCUGUACGGUUUAUUCGGCUCUAUAUUCUGCGAUUUUGGUGACAAGUUCACGUGCAUAGAUCCCACGGGCGAGAAUCCUAUCAACGGUAUUGUAGCCGGAAUCGAUGAGGAGGGCUUGGUGUCAGCACUUGAUGAGACGCGACACGGCUUGACAGAUGGCGACUAUGUCACCUUCUCCGAGAUCGAAGGGAUGGAAGGCCUCAAUGGUGCCGAGCCCAGAAAAGUGACGGUAAAGGGUCCUUACACAUUUUCCAUUGGUGAUGUGUCCGGUCUAGGUCAGUACAAACGCGGCGGCUUGUACCAGCAAGUCAAGAUGCCGGCCAUCAUUGAUUUCAAAUCAAUCUCCGCGUCUCUGCGUGACCCUGAAUUUGUACAGUCUGACUUCGCCAAGUUUGACCGACCUCAAUUGCUACACGUAGGUUUUGAGGCCCUCAGCGCAUACACGCAGUCGCAAGGUCGUCUGCCCCGCCCAAUGAAUGAUGAUGAUGCGACUGUCUUAGUCGAGUCCGUCAAAGUCUUCGCAAAGAAGGAGAAUAUUGACUUGGAAAUCGGUGAAAAUGAAGAGAAGAUCAUUCGGGAGCUUAGCUAUCAGGCACAAGGAGACCUUAACCCAAUGGCCGCACUUUUCGGUGGCCUUGCUGCUCAAGAAACUCUCAAAGCCGUGUCUGGGAAAUUCCAUCCCAUCAAGCAGUGGUUCUACUUUGACUCGUUAGAAUCACUUCCCGCAAGCGUCGAACGAAGUGAAGCACUCUGCAAGCCUAUUGGGUCACGGUACGACGGGCAAAUCGCCGUUUUUGGCACACAGUAUCAGGAAAAGUUGGCAAAUGUGAAACAGUUUCUUGUUGGAGCUGGUGCCAUUGGAUGCGAGAUGCUCAAGAACUGGGCCAUGAUUGGUCUUGGUGUAGGGCCCAACGGUAAAAUCACCAUUACCGAUAUGGACUCCAUUGAAAAGAGCAAUCUAAACCGACAGUUCUUGUUUAGACCCAAGGAUGUUGGUCAAAUGAAGAGCGAUUGCGCCGCCAAGGCAGUAACAGCCAUGAACCCGGAGCUAGAGGGCCACAUUGUGUGCUUAAAAGAUCGCGUAAGUCCCGAGACUGAGCACAUCUUCAAUGAAGACUUUUGGAAGGGUUUGGACGGUGUUACAAAUGCGCUUGACAACGUUGAGGCGAGAACUUACGUCGAUAGACGAUGUGUGUUCUUCCAGAAGCCUUUGCUCGAAAGCGGCACCUUAGGUACUAAGGGCAAUACUCAGGUCGUUUUGCCCAAGCUAACUGAGUCAUACUCAUCCUCUCAAGACCCUCCUGAAGUGUCGUUCCCUAUGUGCACUCUGAGAAGCUUCCCAAACAAGAUUGAACAUACAAUCGCUUGGGCUCGAGAGCUCUUUGAAACCUCCUUCGUGAAGUCUGCAGAGACGGUUAACCUUUACUUAACUCAGCCAAAUUAUCUAGAGACUACACUGAAGCAAGGUGGCAGUGAAAAGCCGACACUAGAAACAAUCCGAGACUACCUUGUGACGGACAAGCCGCUGAGCUUCGAGGACUGCAUCAUCUGGGCACGGAUGCUGUUCGAGAGCAAAUAUAACAAUGCGAUACAGCAGCUUUUGUACAAUUUCCCGAAGGAUUCCGUGUCGUCGAGUGGCGCCCCCUUUUGGUCUGGACCGAAGCGAGCACCAGAUGCGCUGAAGUUUGAUUCUAAGAAUCCCAACCAUUUUGGUUUCGUCGUCGCCGCUGCCAAUCUUCAUGCUUUCAACUAUAACAUCAAUACUAAGGGUAUCGACAAACAACUUUACAGCAAGGUUCUGGACAACAUGAUCAUUCCGGACUUCACUCCUGACCCUGGCGUCCAGAUUCAGGCUAAUGACAAUGACCCUGAUCCGAACGCGAACAAAUCGUCCGCUUUCAACGACAAUGACGAGCUACAGAAGAUCAUUGACAGCCUACCGGCGCCUAACAAGCUGGCGGGAUUCAAGCUGACCCCAGUAGAGUUCGAGAAGGAUGAUGACACCAACCAUCACAUUGACUUCAUUACCUUUGCCAGCAAUUUGCGGGCUGAGAAUUACAAAAUUGAGCAGGCAGACCGACACAAGACCAAGUUCAUUGCGGGGAAGAUUAUCCCGGCGAUUGCUACAACCACUGCUUUGGUCACUGGCCUGGUGGUUCUGGAGCUUUACAAGAUUGUCGAUGGAAAAUCGAAGAUUGAGGACUACAAGAACGGAUUCAUCAACCUGGCACUUCCGUUCUUCGGGUUCAGCGAGCCGAUCGCCAGUCCUGUCGUAGAAUGGACGGGUGCUGGUGGAGCUAAGCUCAAGAUGGACAAGAUCUGGGAUCGCUUUGACUCGGAAGACGUGACACUGGGCGAGCUGCUCGAGAACUUUGAAAAGAAGGGGCUCUCUAUUAGCAUGCUUAGCUCUGGGGUGAGCUUGCUAUACGCCAGCUUCUUCCCGAUUGCCAAGCGAAAGGAGCGCACUGCGAUGAAGCUCAGUGAGCUCGUUGAGAACGUGUCUAAGAAGAAGAUUCCUCCACACCAGAAAGAGAUCAUCGUCGAGAUUGUGGCCGAGGAUACGACAGAAGAAGAUGUCGAGGUGCCUUAUAUCAGGGUGAUACGAUCAUGA